AUGGGUUUCCCUAGAGUUGCACUCGUUACCGGAGCGUCACGUGGAGUUGGUGCUGCUGUCGCACGCGCCCUUGCUGCCCAGGGCAACACACGCAUCGUUAUUAACUACCAUAACAAUGCUAAGGCAGCUAACCAGCUAAUCGCCGAGCUGAGCGAGCUGCGGAGUCAGUCCAGCGAUGGCACAGUCGACAGUCAGGGCCCUUGGUUCACUGCUAUACAGGCUGACAUAGCCAGUCGGGUGGAAAUGACGCGACUUGUACAACAGACUGUGGAUCGAAUGGGCCGCCUAGACAUUGUUGUCUCAAAUGUAGGAUGGACGCGCAUGACCGACUUUAUGAACCUGGAAGAUGCGGACAAUGAGGCAGACUGGGAUCGAUGUUUCGAUGUCAACGUCAAGAGCCACUUCCGUCUAUUCCGGGCCUGCCAGCCGUACCUAGAAAGCAGCGAAGGAGUAUUCAUUGCCACGGCAAGUGUGGCCGGAGUGAAGCCCAGUGGAAGCUCAUUGGCAUAUGCCGUAACCAAGGCGGCACUCAUCCACUUGGUCAAGAGUUUGGCAGUCAUCGCUGGGCCAAAGAUCCGUGUCAACUCGGUAGCACCAGGAGUUCUCAUGACGGACUGGGGACAGGGGUUUCCUGCUGAGAAGAUCCAGGCCGUUGAGGAGAAGAAUGUGCUAAAGCGACUCGCAACACCCGAGGACGUCGCGGAACACGUAAAGUUUCUUUCCAUGUCUCGGUCAAUCACUGGGAUGAAUGCUGUGAUUGAUGCUGGUUUUUCGCUCUAG